AGCGAUUUCGUUGCCAUUUUAGUCUUUAGUGAAGAAGAAAGAAACCAAGAGACAGAGGUAGCGACUCUCGACUGAUACAUCUGAAAAGGUGGAAUUGUUUGGCGAAAAGGGUUGCAGAAGCGUUGUAGUUUGGGUGUGGCUGAGACCUGAGAGUUGCUGAGUGCGAUUACAACUUGCCAUGCCAAUGGUACUUCAGAGCACUAUCCCAUUCCCGGAUUCAGUUGAAAUGGGUAAAAACCACCUUUGCAUUUCUGUACUUCAAAGUUAUGGGAUCAAAAUUGUUUCCCUUCACAAACCUUGUUCAGCUCAAGUUUUGGGAACUGAUAGUCUUGGUGGAGAUAUCCAGUUGUGUAAGCUGUGUGGUCAUUCAGAAAAUAUAGCCAAUAUGCUACUUUGCGAUCGUUGCGAAGAGGCGUUUCAUGUAUCUUGCUGCAAACCCAGGGUGGUUUUGCCAAUUGACGAGUGGUUUUGUCCUUCUUGUUUGAAAAUGUCACAGAAUAAUUCUUUCAUUAAAUCACCUAGCAUCGGUUCGGGGAUUGGCUCAUGUAAAUUUGAAUUGGGUCCAAUUGCAGUCAUGCUAAAGUACCCAGAGCCAUAUACGUCUAAGGUUCGGCUCGGUGAAGCAUUUCAAGCUCAAGUUCCUGAAUGGUGUGAUCAAAUUAAUGUGGCUCCAUUGUCUGAAGUCCAAACUGAUGACCCGGAUUGUUCUUCUCAUUCCGAUUGUGCUGAUCCUCGGAUGAGAUCAUCCGGCACUCGCAUUGCCUGUAGAAAGAGAAAACAAGAGUUCUCAUCAUGAAUGGUGGCAAACCCCUAAAAUAAUUUCAAUUCUGACACGCUCUCUUAUCUUAUACCGAUCAGUCAGACCGAUAAUUUCAGCAGAAAGGAAUAUUGACACCCUUGGUUUUGUUGCAAACUACCAACUGGUAAGUAAGUAAUUUUGGGAUCACAAGUGAAAACCUUUUGCAUCUGAGUUUUGUGGCUGGCUAGCCAGUUGGAACGGUAGGGCCCUUAACCUUUACGACGGGGGACAGUGGCUUCAUCGUCUUGAUUCUCUUUUUCAAUUAUUUCAUUGGUGGUUGUGGGCUGGGUCAUAAUUUUGUGUGUGAUAUUUGUAAGUUUGAUGAUGUGAGUGAAUGCGUGAGUGGUUGGACUUGACACCACUAAAACUGCCUGCUCAUCAUGUUACAAAGCACAACUGUGGGUCAAAGGGGUCAUCCUUGUAAGGUCCACAGCCACAAACAAUUCAUCUUGAAAACAUAGACGUAGAGAAUUGCGUGUGCAGCGUGCUCAGGACAGGAGGAGGAGGAGGCAACCGCAUCUUCGCGUCCACCAGUCAGUCAACUUUGUUUCUUGCUUGCUUGCUUGCUUGCGUUGCUUGCUUGAUUUAUUAAUUAUAGUUGCUUUUAAGCGAGCCAAAACCAUUUUGGUACAAGACGAUUGGCUGGCUAACAACAGGCUAUCCG